GAAAGGAAGUUUAUCACCAGAGAUGCCUCUGGUUCCUUCUAGCGCCAGGAGGUUCUCUCUCCCUCUGAAGUCUCAGGGCUUCCCCUUCCUUCCUUCAACCUCCAUGCUCACUGGAGAAACUGUUAUCCCCACAACCAUGUCCUUUUCUUCUUCUUCUUCCAAGGCCAUUGACACUUCCAAAGAAGACCUACACGAAGAAAAUCUCUCUCAGGUGCUCAAAUACCACCAGCAGACCAAGCACUCCUACGACAGGUAUGCCCGAGGUCCCCAUGGCCUGGACUGGGCCAACCAACCCAACCCUUUUCGCCGCUAUCUCUCUGCUCCACUCCUCCCGCUUCUUCACUUCCCCACCAAGACCGAACCCCAAAACCCAAACCAAACCUAUAAACCAUCACCCUCUGAUUCCCCUCUCUACUCCUCUAUAUUCCUCUCUCUCCCUCCUCCAAAACCCAUUUCCCAUUCCACCAUUUCCCAAUUAUUCUACGAUUCCCUUGCUCUCUCCGCUUGGAAAACCACUGGAUACUCCACUUGGUCCCUCCGAGUCAAUCCCAGUAGCGGGAAUUUGCACCCAACCGAAGCAUAUAUAAUUUCCCCGCCAAUCGAUUCGCUCUCCAGCUCACCUUUCGUUGCGCAUUAUGCUCCGAAAGAGCAUUCUUUGGAGCUCAGAGCCGAAAUUCCAUCGGGCUUCUUCCCCAAAUUCUUUCCCGAGAACUCGUUUCUUAUUGGUCUUUCCUCCAUUUUCUGGCGCGAGGCCUGGAAGUAUGGUGAGCGCGCUUUUCGGUAUUGCAAUCACGAUAUUGGCCACGCUAUCGCCGCGGUGGCGGUGGCUGCGGCGGGCCUCGGCUGGGAUGUGAAGCUUCUAGAUGGACUGGGAUACCAGGAACUGAAGAAGGUCAUGGGGCUUGAAUGUUUCCCAGAAUUCAAAUACCCCUCUAAGCCCGUCAGAGGUAAGUUUCGGGAGAUUGAAUUCGAGCACCCAGAUUGCUUGCUCCUAGUUUUUCCUAACGGAAUCGGUCAAGAAUUUGAUGUGAAUUAUAAAGAGUUGAGUUCUUCGAUUUUGGAGUUCUCUAAAUUGGAGUGGAAGGGGAAGCCCAAUUUCCUUAGUGAAGAGCAUGUGUGUUGGGAUAUAAUAUACCGAACCGCUGAGGCGGUGAAAAAACCAUUAACAAUGGGAGAUAGGGUUGCGAUUGAUCCAUUUGAGAGUUGUGGAGAUUCAAGUGAAGGUUCUUAUAAAGGUUUAACGGUUAGGGAAGUUGUAAGGAAGCGUAGAAGUGCGGUUGACAUGGAUAGAGUUACAGUAAUUCAAAGAGAUACAUUCUAUAAGAUACUGUUACAUUGCCUUCCUUCGGGCUGUGCAAAUGGAGGGAAGCAAAGGAGAGAGUUAGCUUUGCCAUUCCGGGCUCUUCCGUGGGAUGCUGAGGUGCAUGCCGUUUUGUUUGUUCAUAGGGUGGCAGGGUUACCCAAGGGGUUGUAUUUCUUGGUGAGGAAUGAGGACCAUUUUGACGAGCUUAAGAAAUCUACGAGUUCUAAUUUCGCUUGGGUGAAACCAGAGGGGUGUCCUCAUAAUCUCCCUCUGUAUGAACUUGAGAGAUCUUUGUAUGACACACUCGCAAAACAGGUCUCGUGCCAUCAGGAAAUUGCUAGUCAUGGCUGCUUUAGCCUUGGUAUGGUGGCUCGGUUUGACUCUACUUUGCGGGACAAGAACGCUUGGAUGUACCCUCGAUUGUUUUGGGAAACUGGAGUUCUUGGGCAGGUGUUGUACCUUGAAGCACAUGCAGUUGGCAUCUCUGCAACCGGAAUUGGUUGUUACUUUGAUGAUCCUGUGCAUAAAAUCCUUGGGUUGAAAGGAUCAAACUUUCAGAGUCUAUAUCAUUUCACUGUAGGAGGCCCUGUCCUGGACAAGCGGAUUAUGAGCCUACCAGCAUAUCCAGGCCCUGCAAUUGAUGCAUAGUUUGCAGGGUUUUAUUUAUGCUCGGAUAAUAUUCAAGACUUCUGCAGACUCGCCCUUAUAAUUGAUACAUAGUACAAAUAUGCACAUCAAAGAGUUUUUACUUUGAUAGGUAACUCUCCAUUUGUCUUGGGUUUUUGUAUGGGACCUUGCCUAUGGUUAUUGGUUAACACCUUAACAUUACUGUAAAUUGUCUGUUAUUCGAAUGGUUUUAGCUGUAUGGUAUUUGAUGUAAAGUCUAAUCCGGCUGUAUCCUCCCCAUUUCUACUCGGUUCAAAACUUGAUAAUAAUAUUCAUAAUAUACU